AUGAGUCAGUCUUUCUCACAUCCAGAUGCGCCCAGGGGCUUCAAGCGGAAGCGAACAGCACAUGCAUGCGAAGAAUGUCGCUCACGCAAAUCUCGCUGCGACGGAGGUCGGCCAGUGUGUGACAAGUGCAAUGAGAUGGGCUUUCUAUGCCAUUACAACCCGCCAAAGAAGUCGUUUGAGCCCUCCGUGCCGACCAAGAAGACCCCGUCAGAUUCGGCCACUGCGUCGGUCGCGGCUCGCCUUGAUCGCAUGCAACAGCUAUUGGAGACCCUCAUCUCCAAGACCGACGCGGGCGGCUCUCCUUACCUUCCCAAGUCACCACCAGAGACUCUUUUGAUGCACUUGACACCGUCAACGGAUCCAGUUGAUGGCAUGGCUUGCAUAACCUUUAAGGAUGAGACUGACGCGGGCCAUUUUGGUGUGUACCAAAUAUCCCUUCAGCAGAAGUGCCCGACCUCUAAUUCGAUGUUCCUGGAACAUAUCGUUGAUGCAGUGAAUUGCUUUCCUCGAGCGCAUACCUUGCAACCUUCCCUGAGGAGAGGGUUCCCGAUCUCACCAUCGGAGUGGCCAUCGCCAGGACCUGCGGCGAAAAAGCCGGCCAUACCGUCGAUUGCACCUUUCAGCACAAGCGGAUCUUCGGAGCCGUUGUCUUAUGAAGCCACAAUGGGUCUGCUGCAGCGAUACUUUCAAAACACAGGUGACAUGUUCCCAUACUUAUCUAAAGCCUCAGUUCUGGCUUAUCUCGGGCACAGUGAUCAGGUGAUGUUAGAGAAACUAAGGCCCGCACCUCGUUGCCUGGUGUACACAUGCUUGGCAUUUGCCAGCAUUCAUGGAGGGUCUGAGAAUAAUCGAGCAGGUGCCAUGCAAAAUGCUCAACGGAAUUUUGAAGCAGCGCGAGCCACGUUGCCAGAGCUCAUGUCGCAAACUCCGGACAUAGAGACUGUCCAGGCUCUCAUUCUGUUUCUACAGUACUCACAAGGGACACAAAGGUCUUCUGAGACAUGGGGAUUGAUGGCAGCAAUUGUUCAACGAGCUUUCCAGAUUGGACUGUAUCGCUCUACUCCUUCAACUGGCAUGACCCCUUCAGAAGUGGAGACUCGUACUCAGACAUGGCACAUGGUGUUUAUGAUGGAUAAGAUGUGCAGUAUGACGUUUGGCCGACCACCCCUUGUCCCAAACAACUACAUGGAUGGCUCAUUGCCCCCAAAUGGAACCUUCGAAUUGGAAAACAACAUACCAGAGCAGUCACGGCAUAUAUCAAGGAAUCUGGCUGGCCCUGACCUAUUUUUUCAGACCUGUAAACUCAAUCUCAUCCUGGGAGAUAUCAUUGACACAGUCUACGGAAGCAACAUUGAGGCUUUGUUACCAGCUAGUCUGUUAGACUUGCAACAACACGUCAUUCGCAUAGAGGGACGCCUAUCUGAAUGGAAAACCCAAUUACCUAGACUCUGUCAAUUUUUGAACUCUUCCGACAUGGAGAACAUCCAGCUUCCUGAAUGUAGCAUUCGUGAUCGACGGACCUUUGUUAUACUGAGUCUUCGUUACCUGAACAUUCGCUCGCUCCUGCACAGAGCCACAAUAUUUCGAUUUCUGGACAGCAAACCCACACAUCAAGAAUCCCGCGAGUCCCUCAAAUCACACAUUUCGGUGAACACCUGCAUCGAGGCUGCUGUUUUGUCCAUCAAGAUUAUAUCUCAGUCGGUGCAAAGACGAGAUAUACUACCAAUAUGGUGGUUUUCUGCAUACUACACGCUCACAGCGUCGCUGACGAUAUUUGCCGCAAUUUCUCUCCUCCUGAAAGAGCCAAGUCAUCUUCAACGCUAUACAGUCCAUGACCUACUAUCGAUGCUUCAAGUGGCCCUCGACUCACUCGACAAUCUCCAACAGGACAGCCUAGUCGUGGAUCGAUGCCAGCAAGCCCUUCACCUUGUUAUUCACAUGUGUUGGGCUGUGAUUGGUCAGCCUUUGCCCACGGAGUCUUUGACUAGAGAUUUGAAGCAGCAAAUGCUACCCGCCCGUGAACAAGAUGGUAGGAAUUUGGGUUUCAGUGAUUCUUUCUCUGACCACGACUCCGCUACCUGUGCUACUUUGACCUCUUCAGAUCCGUGGGGACUUGAGCAAAUUGAUAUUGAUGGUAUCUGUCUCCGCGAUCUGGUGGGUAAUUUACAAGCCCUUACUGGACAAUUCUGAAGCAAGCAAAGGGACGUACGAUUGCUUGUAACAGUGGAUGAAUAGUCAAUGAAAACGAAAUUGACGCACUGUUUGCAUUUUGUCGCUGUUGAACCUGGCUGCACUCCCUUCCCUUGAUACUGGCUCAAUUUUAUCAAUGUGGAAUUAAGAUAAUCGUGCUGGCAUAUUGGCAUGCCUAAUGUUUCUAGAGGGCCAUACGGCGUCAUAAGCCUCCACAGAGCUUUUCAGACAAAAGAAAUCUAUAAUGCUGAUUCCAUGAAGGAACUACAUCCAAAUGAUUUUAUUUACGAUUUGUGAAAUCAAUUUCUUCCCAAAUGGUGCCAGUCAGACAGAAUCAAUGCUCUAAUCAAUUCGAAAUUUC